ACCAUGACCACCCCAAUCACCGCCGGAGAUAACGGCAUUCAAGCUGGACUAAGCCAAUGCCAAGAUUUCAUGCAAUUUGAGAACGCGUUGAAGAACUCUCGUGCCAUCGAUGACAAGAUCAUUCAAGCCUUGAACAACUCCAUCCCCACGGCCUCAUUGCGUAGUAAGGGCGAGGCCGGCGAAAAAUGCCAGGAGCUCUGGUCCCAGAUCGCCAAGAUCCACACCCAAAGGGAGGAGUCGAUCAAAACGUGUGUCAGUUACUUUGAUGAGCGAAUGACCACCUUGAAGGCCGCGGGCGAUCGGAGCGGGGCGAGACAAAAUCAAGUUUCCUUGCGAAUGCUCCGGAGCGAGUUGUACGUUGAAGAGGUGAUUCGUCAGAGAACGCAGACUGCAUAUCACGAGAAAUGUCGAGACUUUGCCGCCACCCCAAACUCCUCAUGACCUUAAAGGCCAACGCGAGAACAAUCGUCGACCAGGGUCACUCAUGUCUCGAUCUUACACACCUUCAAGGACAAGGCCUGGUUUGGUAGUAGUCAACGAUGAAAUGUUUCCAACUUGUCGCGCAUUUUGUACACCUGAGUAAUAAACUCCCCUACAUUACCUAGUUUUAAAUCUAAAAAUCCUAAUGGUGAGCCACAUCUGUUUCUCGUAAGAGGGGAAAGAUUGUUUCUAUUGUUUUGCUCGAAAUUAUCCAUUCCUCUCAUACAAGAAUAUCGGUUACUGAAUAAACACUACUUCACUACAAAA